AUGGCCGCGGCGCCGGACGGCGUCUCAAUCCGAGUGCACCCGCGGCGGGGCAGCAACGUGAUCCACCCCGUGUCUCUGGAAGCUCCGACGCCUCCCGCCGCGUCUCAGAACGCCGUCGUUUACCGGGAGGUGAAGCAUUUCAAGAAAUGGUUCCCGUGGCUGAUACCUUUCUUCGUGGCGGCUAAUGUCGUGAUGUUUGUUAUUACAAUGUAUGUGAACAAUUGUCCUAAAAAUUCUGUGUCCUGCGUUGCUGCUGGGUUUUUGGGGAGGCUUUCGUUACAACCGUUUAAGGAGAAUCCCCUUCUCGGGCCUUCUUCCACAGCUCUAGAAAAGAUGGGUGCUUUAGACGUGGGUAGAGUUGUGCACGAGCAUGAAAUUUGGCGCUUGAUCACCUGCAUAUGGUUGCACGGUGGAGUUUUCCACCUACUUGCCAACAUGCUGAGCCUCUUAAUCAUCGGCAUUCGACUUGAGCAGGAAUUCGGAUUCCUGCGCAUUGGUUUUCUUUACCUCUUGUCGGGAUUUGGUGGGAGUUUGAUGUCUGCUCUGUUUAUCCAGUCGAACAUAUCGGUCGGUGCUUCGGUGACGAUUAUCGUGAUCAACCUUGCGGUGGGAAUUCUCCCUCACGUGGACAAUUUCGCCCACAUUGGAGGGUUCUUGUCGGGCUUUCUUCUGGGCUUUGUUUUCUUGAUUCGCCCGCAUUUUGGUUGGGUUAGCCAGAGAUAUAAUAGCCCAAAAUUCAAGGCGUACCAACGCAUACUUUGGAUGCUUUCGUUAAUCGGAGGUAUGGUUUUGCUUCUUCAUGGGGAGGACCUAAACGAGCACUGUUCGUGGUGCCAUUACCUUAGCUGUGUCCCGACUUCCAUGUGGAAAUGCAAUACACAGCCCGUCUCGUGUCAGGUUGAGCAAAUGCGGAAUCAGUACACUCUAACGUGCUCGAAUGGCGGAAAAAACGGUACAUUUUCGCUCGUUAGCCCAACUCCUGAGCAGAUACAAGAAUUGUGUCUUCAGCUUUGUGGAUAGACUAUAGUUAGUUUUGUUGAUUUUUUUUUCCUUUUUAAAAUUAGUAACUAUAUAGAAGAUGUGAUAUAAACUGUAAAGGGAUUGGGUUAAGGGAUUUAUUUGUUAAUAUUAUUCUUAUAAAUUUAUUUCUGCUUAUUAUUAUU